CAUACAUGGCGGGGUAGGGAGGGGACAAAACGAAUGUUAUGGGCUGGCUGCUUGGCUGUAGUAGCAACGUUAGCAGCAACACUCCACCCGGAUGAGUAAUAGACCCCAUUCAUGGGAGAGAGACUAGGGCCCCUGUGAGCGCAGUGUGCGAGUGGGUGCUGGCGGAGUUGGGCUGGUGGGCUGAUGGUCUAGCAAGAAGCUCCGGGUUGUCAACAACUGUUAAUAGGUGCAAAGCAAGCUGCCCUUGGAACAUACUACUGAGUGCAGCUGCUCAGAAAUGGGAAGCUAGUUUUGCCUGUGGUUCCAAAGGUUACUCUCCUCUUUGUUUCCUUCCCGGGGUCUCUUGGAAUAGAAACAGCAGAUUAGUUUCAAUUGAGGAUUUUCUUAGAAUUCUUAAACACUUAUGCUGUCUUAAAAUCUGCCGUUAGGGAUUCCCUGUUACUUCGCAUUAAGCCUCCAGUUCCUUCAGUAUGUAUCGUGGAAGAAGCAGAAGGGGGUUUUGGCCUUCAGAGAUGGACCUUAUCUAAGUGAGCACUGUUAAGACGGAAAGGAAGUGCCCCACUCCCCCCAAGCCAGUGAAAGUGAUUGUGCAAAGUGUAGGCAGAUGCCGUCAUCAGAAAUGGUUGCUUCCUGCUGUCCUUCACCCAACCCUAGAGCAUUCGGUCCGCCAUGACCAGCCAAACUAAGGGGGAAAUUACCAAUGUUGAUCUAGCCCUUACAAUAGUAUUCCUCACCUUUUUUGACAGUAAAGCACAAUAAAAAUGCAUUUUACUUUACAACCCUAAAGGUAUAUACACACAGCACUUAAAGUUUCACAAAACAAUACUUAUACUUACUACUUUCAAUGCACUCUGCCAUUCUCUAUUCUGUUCUUCCUUUUUCUUUUCUUUCUUUCUUUUUUUUUUUUAAAGCUGUUUGUGGCUUCCUCAGUGGUGCUAACAGUUUAAAAAUCUCUACCCUUGGGGAUAAGAUGUUACCUGUGCUGAUUAUCUCUAGACAAAGUCUCACUGAGGCUUGGUUCUAAUCUCCUGUCCUCCUUGGACUUUUCGCAUGCUUGGCUUUUGCAGUUAUCACCCUCAUGUAGAGUAAUCCUGGGGGGAUGUGAAAGGCCUGAAGUCAAGAAGGAAUUCCCACAGCCCAGGUUAGGCCGGUACUGCCUGGUGCUCUCAGUGUGUGCAACUGGUUUUUUAUCAGGGGCAAAGGGUAGGGGACUUAAGGAUGAGGUCUUUGGGCACAAAAGCAAAGCCCUUGCCCUGGGGCUUGUGAUGUGGGCUCAGCUACUCCACCAGUCUGGACAUCCUGGAAUCUGCGUUGUCCUUUCCCUGUCAGUCUGUUGAAAGCCCAGGAGACUGAUGUGUCAAGCCUGAGGGGAGAGCCUGCUUCUCCAGGCAAAAGGUUGCGUCUUAACUGUGGUUGAGAAGAGAAAAGGGUCUCUGUAUUCUGAAUGAGAAGAUGGUAGAGAGUGGUUCUUUCCCUUUCCCUGGAUUCCCCUGAAAAAAUAAACAGCGGUAUGCCUCCACUCAACACCAGCUGCCCCAUCACCUUUUGUCCAGAUCAGUCAGGUUGCACUUAACUUUCACAAAAAGGAGUACACAGAAUAGCUGCGUAAGGCCAAUCCCGAACUUAAUGAAGGAUGUCAGAGUGGGAGCAUUCUGAUGUACCAGUGUCCUCAUUCUGCAAUGUGUUCCGUUUUCUCCCCUUUCCGAAAAAAAUGGUAUUAAAAUAUUUUGUGAAAUAAGAAGCUCCUUUUACAUUUUUAAUGACGAACAUGGACAUCUGUUCUACAGAAUACAAAGUCCUAUGGUCUUGAAGAAGGAAGCACCCAUUUAAAACUGACCCUAAAUGAAAACAGACCUGAAUGGACGUCAGAAUGUUUGUUAGUGGCAGGAGAGUAAAAAAAUGGCAAUUUAUUCAGUUAUUUGCCACUUGUUUUGUGCUAAGCCUCAUGUUCUUCUGGAUAUCGAUCGAUAACCACAUCGUGAGCCAUAUGAAGUCCUACUCUUACAGAUACCUCAUAAAUAGCUACGACUUUGUGAAUGAUAGCCUGUCUCUGAAGCACAGCGAGGAUGGGGCUCCUCGCUACCAGUACUUGAUUAACCAUGAGGAGAAGUGUCAAACACAAGACGUCCUGCUCUUACUGUUUGUAAAGACUGCUCCUGAAAACUACAAUCGCCGUUCUGCCAUUAGGAAAACAUGGGGCAAUGAGAAGUAUGUUCGCUCUCAACUUAACGCCAACAUUAAAACACUGUUUGUCUUAGGAACACCUUCUGACCCACUGACAAGAGAAAGACUUCAAAGAAGACUGGUUUGGGAAGAUCAGAUGUACAAUGAUAUAAUUCAGCAAGCCUUUGCUGAUUCUUUCUAUAAUCUUACUCUUAAAUUUCUUCUGCAGUUCAGUUGGGCAAAUAGCUUUUGUCCACAUGCCAAAUUCCUUAUGACUGCUGAUGAUGACAUAUUUAUUCACAUGCCAAAUCUUAUUGAAUACCUUCAAAGUUUAGAACGAAUUGGUGUUCAAGACUUUUGGAUUGGUCGUGUUCAUCGUGGUGCCCCUCCCGUCAGAGACAAAAGCAGCAAAUACUAUGUCUCCUAUGAAAUGUACCAGUGGCCGGCUUACCCUGACUAUACUGCAGGAGCCGCCUACGUGAUCUCUGGUGAUGUAGCUGCCAAAGUCUAUGAGGCAUCACAGACACUUAACUCUAGUCUUUACAUAGACGAUGUGUUCAUGGGCCUCUGUGCCAAUAAAAUAGGGAUAGUACCACAAUACCAUGUGUUUUUCUCCGGGGAAGGUAAAACUCCUUAUCAUCCCUGCAUCUAUGAAAAAAUGAUGACAUCUCAUGGGCAUGUAGAAGACCUUCAGGACCUUUGGAAGGAUGCCACAGACCCAAGAGUAAAAAUGAUUUCAAAAGGUUUCUUUGGUCAAAUAUACUGCAGAAUAAUUAAGAUAGUCCUCCUUUGCAAACUGACCUAUGUGGAUACGUAUCCGUGUAGGGCUGCCUUUGCCUAAUAGUACUUGAAUGUUGUAUGUUUUCACUGUCACUGAGCCAGACGUGGAUGAAAAACCUUUAAAUGUUUGUCUAUACCAUAAGUGAAAUGAAUAUGAAGAACAAAGAAAUAUUUUGAAGGUCCAGUCUAUCAGAAUGUUUCUUUGAUUCUAGAAGCCCUUCAAUAUAACUUGUCUACUUCAUUGCCUAAAUUCAUAUUAAGGAAUUUAUACUUAGACAAGGUUUAUGAAAACAAAGCUAAAGGGAAUUUCAGGUUCUCAGUACCACGUUGUAUAUUAGAGGUGUAGAGAAGUUAUUAAGGUGCCUAGGUGUUAGAAUAACUGCUUUUGGAAAAUUCCAAGUAAGUGUAUAGUACAACAUUUCAAAGAAAUGGAUAUAUUGUUAGACCAGGUAUACAAGUUUAUUUUGAUUAAAGAGCACUUGAUGGAGUUUGUGGGGGCAGGAGAGGAUUGGCAUAGAAGAAAGUACAUGAAUCUGGUAAAAGAAAGUUUCCUCUUCUUCAGAGGAGAUUUAGGAAAAUGUACACAAUUUCUUUAUAAACUGCCAAAUCACUUACUGUCACAUCCAUGUAGCUAUUUUACCUGCAUAGUGUUGGAGUCAUUUUAAAUACAUUCAUAUCUUUUUUUCAAAGUUUAAUGUGAAAUUUCAGAAGUCAUUAGCUCUGCCCUAACUAGUACUUUAUUAUGGUUCUUUUUGAUUAUUAGAAAAUGACACAAAACACGGACAGUGUCUUACUCAUGGGGUCCUUCUCUAGAGAGAAAUCAUUGUUAAUUCAAAUAAGCUGAUUUUAUUUUAAUGAAUUUUUCAACUGGUUUUUAAAUAUUCAAUAUGGGUCUGUUUUUAAGGCAGCUAUUUGAAUGUAGUUUACAUAGAGGAAUAUAAUAAUGAAGAAGAAUUCAAAAGGAAAGAUAGAACAUUAAAAGCCUCUUUUCUCCAUAAUUUAUAAAAUAAAAGUUUUAGUGUCUAAAUUGUAUUGAUGACUAAAAUUAGCCCACCCCUCUCCAACAGGGUCUCAUAAACCACAGUACUUUGUUCUGAGUUCAGCUUUUAAAAUUGAGAGUCUUAAACAUCAAAUCGAAGCUGUAGUAUUUUAAAAAAAAAUCUACUCUUUCAUCACAACAACUGUCAGAGGUUAUCUUCAACUUAUAAAUAUUUCCAACUUCAAAGCAGAAUGAAAGUGAUAGAAGAGUCACCAGAAUGAGAUUUAAAGCAUUUGUAAAGCUGUAUGUUUCUUGUAAUCAAAGAGAUGUGGCUGAAUUCCAAUAGCGCGUUACAUUUAUUUUACAGAAGCAGGAUAAAAAUGUGGGUAUGAUGCAAACAACCUCCCCUCACUACAGAAAGAACUAGGUGAUGCCUGUUGUUAGGGGGAUUAUGUGAAAGCCAAAACAGGGACUUCAGCAAAAGCAGCUGAACUGAUUAUAAACCCUUUGUCUGCAGAGGCUCCUGUUAGGGAAAACUAAGAUGUAUCACUUAAAAAGAUGUCUGAAACAUGCAAAAAAAAACUAAAAAGGAAUUCUCAGUAUACACAACUGGAUGAUGAUAUGUAUAAUUUGUUGCAGGUAGCUUCUCAAUGUUUACAGAAAUUUUUUUGUUAAUUUUUUUCUAUUUUGAAAAUUGAAGCUUGUUUACAUUGAUUGCUCAGAUAAUUAAAAAAUUUUAACUCAUGUCAAAACUAUGGUAUCAAACAUUCUAGUCUGUAGUUACUUUCAGAGUAGGUUCAGGGUUUUUAGAUCAUUACAGUUUAAAUUUUCUGACCAAUUUAAAAAACUGUAGAGAACAAAAGCGCAUUUUGACAAAGCAGGUUUAUAAUUAAUUUUUAUUAGUUGAUCCUUUAAUAACCAUUUGCCUUUUGGCCAUAUAUGUGCCCUGUGUAUCUAUACUUGUAACUGUUUAAAUUUGCCAUUGGUUGAAAACAUCAGUGUCUCUCUGGCCAUCAAAAUGAUCUUGUUUACAGCAAUACUUUUGUGAAACAGUUAUUUAUUUGUGAAAGAGCUCCCCUCAAUUGUGCUCCUCUUUUUAUUUUUGCUUAAAAUAGAAUGAAACAGUUAAAUAUGAAGGAAAUAUGAAGGCACUUCCUUUUUUAAUAAGAAGGAAAUUGCUAGACUCUUCCUUCAUCAGAUUUAAAGUACUGAGAAGAAUAAUUGUAAAUAAAGGAUUCCAACCUUUUAAAAAGGAAGGAAAAAACUUUUUGGUGCUCCAGUGCAAGGCUGUCUUUUAAAAAUCAUCAAUAAAGGGAAAAUAAACUCUUAGCCUGGAUGGCCAAUUGAUAGUUAUACACAGUGUUAUUGCUAAAAACUUUUUACCUCUUGGUUGGUUUGCGUCUUUUUUCCAUAUUAUUAAUUUUAUACCAAAAUGUUAAAUAUUUAUAUUAUUUGAAUUUUGCUCUUAUAUGGCAAAAUAGAGGGUUUUUAAAAAUAAAUCUAUGAUUUCCAAUAAACAACUUGAAAAU